AUUGGCUUAUGGGUAUUCAAUUAGAUGAACAUUAAGAUGGCGGCUUCAGUGGCAGGUCUUCCUCAAGCACAAAAUCAAGCGAAGCAGCAAGCCGGUGUUGCCUCAGAUAGAUCAUUGCGUUCAGUUUUUGUUGGGAAUAUUCCUUAUGAAGCAUCUGAGGAGCAACUUAAAGAGAUCUUCUCUGAAGUUGGACCAGUUGUUAGCUUUAGAUUGGUAUUUGAUCGUGAAACAGGAAAGCCUAAAGGAUAUGGGUUCUGUGAGUAUAAGGACCAGGAAACUGCCUUGAGUGCUAUUAGAAAUCUAAAUGGGUAUGAACUGAAUGGAAGAGCUUUGCGAGUUGACAGUGCUGCUUCAGAAAAGAACAGGGAGGAAAUGAAAGGUAUAGAAGGAAGCAGUCGUCCAGAAGUAAACCCUUAUGGACCACCAGUUGCUCCUGAAGAGGCACCUGAAGCCAUUACACAAGCUGUGGCAAGUUUACCUCCUGAGCAGAUGUUUGAACUUAUGAAGCAGAUGAAGAUUUGCAUUCAAAACAACCCUGAAGAAGCCAGACAGAUGUUACUUCAAAACCCACAGCUUGCCUAUGCCCUAUUGCAGGCUCAGGUUGUCAUGAAGAUUGUUGAUCCUGUUAUUGCACAGGGCAUCUUGCACAGACCUACCGAACCUUUAGCACCUUUACAACCAACAGGUGCACAACAGCCUCAGCCACUUAUGCGUGCAGGACCUUUAGGGGAAAGAAAAGGUCCAAAUAAUGCAGGCCCUCCUGGACCCUUCCACUCAGCACCUGGAUCAGCACCUGAAAUGAGAGGUCCUCUAGACAUGAGAGGUCCUCCAGACAUAAGGGGUCCACCUGAUGGGAGAGGCCCAGGUGACAUGAGAGGCCCCUCAGAUAUGAGAGGCCCUCAAGAUAUGAGGGGGCCAUCGGACAUGAGGGGUCCUCCAGAUGUUAGAGGUCCACCAGAUAUGAGAGGACCAGGACCUGAUAGUCGGGGUCCUCCAGAUAUGAGGGGAAUGCACCCUGACAUGCGGGGCCCUCCGGACAUGAGGGGACCCCCAAACAGAGACAUGCGAGGUCCCAUGGAUAGAGGCCCAGGAGAUAUGAGAGGUCCACCUGACAGAGGCCCUGGAGAUAUGAGAGGUCCACCUGACAGAGGUCCUGGAGAUAUGAGAGGUCCACCUGAAAGAGGUCCUGGAGAUAUGAGAGGCCCACCUGAUAGAGGUCCUGGUGAAAUAAGGAGCCUUCUUGGAGACAUGCGUGGACCUGGACCAGAUCCAAGGGACUACAGAGGCCAUUCAGACAUGAGAGGACCUGAAGGCAGAGGUUCACAGGGUCCUGACUAUAGAGGUCCUCCCCAAGACCAGUUUGGAGACCCAAGAGAUCGACGCAUGCCCUUUGACCCCAGAGACCCAAGAAACAGAGAGCCACAAAGGGAUGAUAGAAGAGGUCCCUCUAUGGAUCCCAGAGACCAGCCCAGGGACCCAAGAGGUCCACCUCCUGAACAAAGAUACGGACCACCAAGUGGGCCAAGGGAUCCACGUGGUGAACGUGGUCCCCCAGGUCCUCAAAACGAUGGACGUUUUUCAGGACCUGUCCACUCACCACAGCAACAGUGGGGUCCUAACCAAGGGGGACCACCUCCCAGAGGUCCUCAAGGUUUUAAUCCUGGACCGGCGGGGCCUGUUGCGCAAGGUGGUGACGUCACAACUCAGGAUCAAGAGAAGGCGGCUCUUAUCAUGCAAGUGUUGAGCCUCACUGAUCAGCAGAUCGCUUUGUUACCUGAAGAUCAACGACAGAGUAUUAUGGUUUUGAAGGAACAGAUAGCUCACAGCACGCAGCCUCAUUGAUUUAUGUAGCAAUAUCCAUUUAAUUUGCUCUUCUUGUUUUUGAAAAUCAUUAAAACUCUCAGAAACUUUGUAAAGUGAAAGUAAGAAUUGUGUCCAGAAAGGAGGUUUCUAGCUCAAGACUACUCGUGGGAUAUCAACAAACUAAUACUUGUUUUGGCUUCGCAUGCUCUACCACCUAGCGUUAGAACAAAGGGAAUCGAGAGGCCACCUUAACGAACCUGACUGCCGAUAUAAUGCUCUCCGUACCCACCAGUCUUUUUUCAACCCUUUUCACAAUUUAGAAGAAAAACAUUGGGUGAUCUUUACAGCAGAUGUCAGUCCUCAACAUUUUGAGAACUUUAUUCGCCGAAAGCAACUUGGGUAAGAAAUUCUAAACCAAUUGCUAGAAUCGCUUCAGCCAAUAUCUUUCGAUGUAGCUGUAAUAGAUGGUUCGAAAAUUUGCCUGAAAUAAAAACUAUAGCGUUUUAUUGGUGUUAGCUAAUACAAAAACAAUCUAUAUGUGUGUUUAUAUCAAAGUAUUUCUCAACCACUUCGAGAAAGGUCACUGAAGAGCCAAGGACACAAUAUCCGACUCUUUUUCUGUGACGACACGAAUAAACGUCAUCGUGAAUGUACCCAAAAAAGCUAUUCCAAGAGUACUAAUUUAGGAAUCUUUCAACCCCUCGUUUAAGUUGUUUCACCUAAGCCCACAUAACAAUAAUCAUUCCAGAGAAUCAGUAUUUGGCGCCAGUAUCGGUGGACGAUGUAAAUUCCGGUUUAAAACACAUUCUUCUGUCUAUUUCAACGUAUGUGGAUCUGACAACGUGUUGGUAUCGAAUUCUAUGUCGUAUACAAGAUUUUAAUUCCGCUAAGGAAUUAUAUAAUUUCUAACGUUUCAGUGACGUGGGAACGAAUUGUUUCUCAACUCCCUGUAGAAUAUCAUUACAACCAUUAAUUUUUCUUUGUGAUUAGUAGUGCAACCAGGUUAGUUUACACUUUCCUCGGGGUAUUGUGCUGCUGCAUGGGAUGAUGAGUACGUUUCCACACAUUUAUUGGCCACAUCUAAAGGAUGUUUUUUUGGUGGUUUUUGAGUGGUUUUCGUAUCUGGUGUAGCACUGGUUCUUUCUGUAGAACCCUUAGUUGAAGGUUCAAAUGUUAAGAUUGUAUCAGAAUGCAUAUACUAGAAGACUGACUCACCCAAAAUAAACUUUUCACAUUGAA